UAGGGGAAGUUGCAAUGGAUUGUAUGCAUUGUAAUGCGUUGUUGAGUUUUUAUUUUAUUAUGUGGUGUGUGUAGGUUAGUGAAUAAGAAAUGCGCAGUUUUAAUGAGUAACAACUAACAUAGCGCUGUGUCUUAUGACGGCCCUCUGUAUUUCAGUAAGAUGUCCACAAGAUCACAACUCACGAAGGAUUUGAAUGAGAGUGUGAAGUCAUUGCUGGGAAAACGCGUCAAAAUAUUGCUCAAGAAUGUUGUCAGGUUGGAAACAAAAGGUGACAAGACAGAAAAUCGUGUUCUGGUCUUCUCACCUUGUCGAUUGUUUCUCCUCACAGCGAAAGUUCCAACCAGGAUUGAUUUCCACUUCCAUUACCUGGAAAUUCAGGCGAUUGAAAGCAAGAAACCAAAUCAGUUGACUUUGACAGUAGGUGACAAAGUAUACUCAUUCUUAACUGGAGAUGAGAAUGGCAGUCAAGAAGUAGAUGCAAUGGUGCUCGCCCUGGCAACUGCAAUAAGAAAUAUUUUCCCAACAGUUCCUUUACAACACAUUAUUCGCAAAGUGGAGGUGGUUCCCAGUAAACGCAUCCAGCAGUUGCUUGACGGGGAGCUGAGUCGUGGACACGAUGGUCGAGGCCUGGGUCCCUGUGGAGGCUUCUCCACGCAGUAUGCUUGUAUGUGUGACUACCACAGCAUGCCGUACCGGGAGGAGGUGUCUUGGGAUGUGGAUACCAUUUAUCUGUCACAUGAUACACGAGAGUUGUGCUUACGAGACUUCGACCACUUGGAUCCAAAGGAUAUUGUGCCAAUAAUUAGUGCCCUGGAGUUCAACACUUGGUUCACAAAGCUACGAGCCAGCAACAUCAAACUGACUCACGAGGCACUGGACAGAAUCCUCCAUGUGAUGAAGAAGUCACUUAGCAUAGAGGAACUUUACCUGGACAACCUCGGAGUGAAAUGGGAUUUUGCUCACAAAUUAUCACUGGCAUUAAUAUCAAACAACAGCACGCCUCUUCACAGUCUGGAUUUAUCGAAUAACAUGAUUGAAGACAAAGGUGCCACUAGUCUGUGUGGAAUUGUUGCCAAAAUUAUCCAAGGUGCAAAUCACCUAAGCAGUCCAUUAGCAAAGGUGCCAAAGGGGUUGAUUCACCUAAACCUGUCUCACUGUGGCCUGUCUUCCAAGGGGGUGAACCAGCUUGCUCAUGCACUGUCUCUCAACAAGAUCAUGCCUAGCACGCUUACGUACCUCAACCUCAGCGGUAACAACCUCAAGGAGGAGAUCAAUAAUCUAUGCAACUUCCUUGCUCAGCCUAACUCGUUAACUCAUCUAGAUAUCUCAGGGACCGACACUGCAUUGGAAACAAUAUUUGGUGCUCUACUGCGGGGAUGUGCUACGAACCUUGUGCAUCUCAACGUCGCUCGUAAUGUGUUCAGUUUCAAGAAAACCAAAGAAGUUCCCCCAUCAUUCAAACAGUUCUUCACAAGCACACUCAGCCUCAAACAUCUCAACAUGUCUUUCUGCAAACUGCCAUUGGAGGCCCUCAAGAACUUGUUACUCGGGCUGGCAUGCAACGAGUCCACCAUCGAGAUUGAGCUAGACAUGAGCUGUAACAACCUCGGAGCCCAAGGGGCCCACGUGCUUGAAUCAUGCAUCCAUGGCAUUCGGUGUAUUGGCAGCCUAGACAUCAGUGAGAACAAUAUGGAUGUUGAUCUGGCAGCUGUAGUAACUGCGGUUAGCAAAAAUAAGUCCAUCAAGCAUCUGAACAUGGGCCGCAACCUCAACAAUAUGAAGGCAAAGCACAUUGCGUCGGUCAUGGACGCUGUUGUACAGAUGAUUCAGGAGGAAGAUUGUGUGCUUCAGUCGUUGUCAAUACCUGACUCAAAGCUGAAAGCGGACCUGUACAACCUGAUCAAUGCCCUCGGUGGUAACCAGUGUUUGCAGAGUGUUGACAUAAGCGGUAAUCUGAUGGGUGAUGCAGGGGCAAGGCUGCUCGCAAAGGCAUUACAGAUCAAUUCCAGGCUUAAGAGCAUUAUAUACGACCGUAACAACAUCACACUUCAAGGAUACUGUGAUAUAGCUUAUGCAUUGGAAAGUAACUACACGGUGCGAUACAUGCCGUUCCCGAUCUAUGACGUGGUUCCGUGCAUGAAAAUUUCAUCAGAACGUACAGACGCUGUCAUGAGGAAGAUCCAGGAUCUCCUUCACAGGAAUGUGUCACCUAAGAAGUACAGUAAUGGCCAAGCAUUUAGGCUCCAGCAGGGUUUUCUUCUGAGCUCCACGCAGCAGAUGGUCGACAGACUGGUCGUACAGACGCAGGACACGAUCCGCGUACUGGCAGCACAGGAGUCUGUUGACAGUAACAACGAUAUCAACCAUGCUACAGGUCUUAUCCAGGAUGCAGAUAAUUCGAAACAGCUUCUUCCAAGGUUGCAUGAAGUGGUACAGAGGCGGGAAGAAGUGGGCAACCCCAUCGACGUCAAGCUGAAACAAGUUGCGGACGAGUUGCAUAAUGUUGUGGUCAGCUACCUGCAGGGCACGCUUGAGAGUAUGAUAAAGUGUGCAGAAGACCAGUGUCCCCAUGUUUUAGCUGAUGAUCGAGUUCAAGGCGAGAUCAAGAAGAUGUGUCGAGAGAAGAACUUCCUUGCCCCUGAAUUCAUCCACACCUGUAUAGUGGAGCAGACUGGUGCGGACAUCAUGAACAAAGUGAAUGAGCUUAACCUGGCGGUCGCUGCUCACGUAUCCGAUCGUAUCACUGAUGAAGUCAUUGAGACUUUGUCACAGAGCUACAAGAAACUGAUGGGGGACGUGAACAAGAAACGCUCAUCUACUCCUGAUGUUCUGCGAUCAAGAUCUCGUAUGAGUUCAGAUUCAUCGAGGAACGAUGCCAGUGAAUGCUUUUCCAUGGCCGACACCCUGAGCCAGCAGUCUGACCAGUCACCCAUGGCCACGCCACAUCUUUCCACAAAACGGAAGAGUCUUCAUGGACGUAAGCUGCGACCCAAGAGUGUUGUCGACAGUGUCGAAGGUCUGUCAGCAGAUGACAUUCCUGAUCUCCUGCCUUCAUUGCCAAAGUCUGCAGAAGAAUCUUUAGAUUCGGUGGCAGAGUUACCAACUGCAGUGGGGCAGCAGCUGCAACAUUUGGUGAAGGGACGGCCAAGAAGAGCCAAGACACGGGCCCCAAGCCGUCCGAUGUUGCGGCCAACAGAAAUAAUCGAGAAUGUUCAGGAUCUGGGAGAGGGGUUAGACACGUUCUUCAGGCCAGGAUCUGUCACACCUACUGGCACACCACUUGUCUCGCCUACGUCAGAUGACAGCUCACACACAUUUCCUUCAGAAGACAGCCCAAAUCACCAGCCUGGCAGUAAGGAUGAAGGGAAGACUGUGGACUGCAAGUACAAUUCAGGCGGGGAAGGGAAGAUCGUGAGGAUAGCUCCAGAUCCCCCUCAGACAUGCGACACACCGAACAAAUGCUACGCGGAUGAGGACCGCUGUAGCAAUGGCAGUGGCUUAAAAGACAGGCCUGGCCACAGCUCGCCUCUCCUGAAGGGAAUGUCUGGACUCUUAGAGCCGGCAGCACCUCGCUCCAGGUCAAGUGAUAACUUAGAGAAGUACUCACCUCUUAUUGGACGACGAUCGCAGGGAGACUCGCCACUCACGGCAUCCCCACUGGCAAGGAGGAUGACUGGACAGGAGGCGAGCCUUGAGGGUGGACAGCUGACAAGAGAAGACAGUAAUGGCAGUAUUAAUCAAGAACUCUGUGGCAGCAGCGACAAGAUUGAUGGUUCGUCUCAUGUACCAAAGAUAAAAGUUGGCGUUAGUAACACUAUGCUGGCUGAAAUGAAAGCCCGUCAAGAAAAGAGGACAUCAUCUCCACGACAGGACUCUGAUCCAGACAGAGAGAAGCCACCAUCACCAACAGUGCUGCCAUCUGUGAGGCUGCGGUCCACAGGCUUGGCAGACUCAUUGCGGUCUCCAACCAACGGGUUCCCCAAAGGAAGUUCAGGCGAAGGUCCGAAGUCUCCUAUCCUCAAGUCAGUGACUAAGGAAGUGGGUGGCAGCCGGACAAAUUCAGACUCAGGAUCAAGCUGCUCCUCAGGAAAGCAGUGCUCCAGCAAAGUGAAACCUCCACCUAUUGCUCCAAAGCCAAGACCAUGGUCAAUGGUUGGAAGUGACAGGAAGUCGGGAGAGUUCUCAUUGCCAAGUGAUGGGUCGAGCACGAACACUUCAGCAGCCAAUACUCCUGAUUCUGGGGAUGCCCUCGAUGAAUCCACAGAUUCCGGUGUGGCUAGCAUGGGCUCCGGUUCAGGUCCCGGUGCGGAGAAACGUUCUGUCCGAGAACUAGCAGCCAGUUUGAGCAAGCACGGUGGUCCAGAAUCUGAGAACAAACAACGGAAGUGUGGAUCAUAUAGUGAAUCAGAUGUGGCUGAUAGAAAAGCAUUCCAGCAACAUUCAAGUCGCUCAGUAGAUAGCGGUAGUAAUUGGGGCAUUCUGCGUGCACCAAGGAAAUCUUCUCAAAUUGAGGUGGCCCAGGAGAGCUUGGUUGACAAGCGAAUGUCGCUUGACAAGAAGUUAGGCACAGUUCGUGCAAAGCAGCAGAGCUUUGAUCUGGAAAACGACUUCACCUGCGAUGACAUCGUGGAUGUCUGAACGUCUUAUUCAUUCCUUGUGUGCAUUCGUUCAACUUAGAUUGCUGCCAGGUAUACAGCAACUUCUGCUGUCAAUCUUGCUGCCCCAUUUAGGAAAGCAAUAUGUUCUUUUUAUUGUCUUUCCUCUAACAUGGUAAAAUGGGAAUUAUAGUAUUGGUCAGUUGAAUACCUGGCAGCAUCAGCCACAAAUACAGGGUGUUUGUCAAGUUACUUUUACCAAUACUAAUAGAUAUAUUGCUGAAAUUGUAUUGUCUGUUACUUGUUACAUAUACAGUUUAAAGCACUGCAUUCUUCCAUUAGAAUAGUUUACAUCUGUAAUAUAUAGCUCUUCCUUAUCUCUUCCUCACUGUGUUGAUCUUAACUGUUGUUGGGCACCAGUCUCCAAGUGUCAGCGAUGCACAUUUGAAGGCAAAGGGCCUUGUUACCAAAAAUUGGUGAAGGUGCUUUAUAACCAUCCUGUAUUUUGGAAGUCACCUUUUAUUUUCUUUCACUUAGAAAUCAAAACUCUAGCAUUCCAGUCAUUAGGCAUAUGUUGUCAAGACAUUUUAACACUGCUAGAUAAACUGUAGUAAUAUAAACAUUGCUAAACUAAUUAGGUUUUAGGUUAUGGACAAGGAAAGAGUUUCAACAAAGUAUUCAAGUGUUGGUAACGAUAAUACUGCCACUUAUGACAUUCUGUAUUACACAUAAACUUUUUUUAUUACAGAUUUGAGGUUCUUACAUUGCCAGAUGUGAAGAUUACUCUCUUCUGGUGUGAGGUGCUUUCUUUUAGUGUUUUAUAUAAUGGCACUCUCAGUACUGAGACUGUGUGGCAGUGGAUGAUAGUACGAUCAGUAAUUGUCAAGGAUUUGGAAGGAAGCAGUUGUGGCCUAAUUGAAAUACUAUCCCAGCAUUUAGGUGGAGAGAUGGGGCAAACCAUGAGAGACCACAGUCAGGAUAGUGUCUUGGCCAAGCUUUUACUGAGCACCUCCUGCAUACAGGUCCAGAGUGUUACCUCCAUUUCAUCCUAUCCUGUGUGAUGCUGCAUAGUCUGGUAGACAGUUUAAAUGUUAUCAAGGAAC